CUGAGCCCGCGGCCUCACUGCCAUCGAGAGGUCGUCGUCGUCGUCGUCGAUCACCUCGUCGUCGACGCACCACCAAAGCAAAGGCAAACCAAAACUCCUCUCCUCCUCCUCGUCUUCGCCGCCUGCGCGCGUCGCCGUCGCGUCCAGCCGGGGCGGAGGGAGGGGGGGUUCUUGAGGAUGGUGGAGGUGGGAGGAGGAGCGGCGGAGGCGGCGGCGGGGAGGAGGUGGCGGCUGGCGGACGAGAGGUGCGACCUGCGCGCGGCGGAGACGGAGUACGUGAGGCGGUUCCACCGCCACGAGCCCCGCGACCACCAGUGCUCCUCCGCCGUCGCCAAGCACAUCAAGGCCCCCGUCCACCUGGUUUGGUCUCUGGUGAGGCGUUUUGAUCAGCCACAGCUUUUCAAGCCAUUUGUGAGCCGGUGUGAGAUGAAAGGGAACAUUGAGAUUGGCAGUGUAAGGGAGGUUAAUGUUAAGUCUGGCCUGCCUGCCACAAGAAGCACUGAGAGGCUGGAGCUGUUAGAUGACAAUGAGCACAUACUCAGUGUCAGGUUCGUGGGAGGUGAUCAUAGGCUCAAGAAUUACUCCUCCAUCCUGACCGUCCACCCGGAGGUGAUCGACGGCCGGCCCGGGACGCUGGUGAUCGAGUCGUUCGUCGUCGACGUCCCGGAGGGGAACACCAAGGAUGAGACAUGCUACUUCGUGGAGGCCCUGCUGAAAUGCAACCUGAAAUCUCUUGCAGAGGUUUCUGAACGCCUGGUUGUCAAGGACCAAACCGAGCCCCUCGACCGGUGAUUGUUGCCAAGAUUCCAAGAGCUAUUUUGUGUUGCAAAUGCUUAAUUAGAUUGUGCAGAGUUGCUAUUCUCCAAUGGAGCCCUUAGGUUCUUUUUCUUCUUGUUGUUGUUGAAUGGUUCAUGAGAGACUUGUGAGAGAGUGCUGCUGCUACUGCUGUGCUAUGUUCAAACCAAAAGAGAAGAAAAAAAAAUAUUGUGCCUCCUCUUUGAGCCUCUGUUGCUGUUCUUUACCACCCUAGUAUGUCACAAGGGCCUAAAAAAAAUAUUGUGUGUUUCGUUAGUGUUGAAGUACAGGGAUUAUUAGAACCAUAUAAGGGCCUAAAUGCCAGCCGGUUUCGAGGCUUGGAGGGCUCUCUGUAAUUAGUUUUGCCUUUAGUUCAAUUGCCACCUUAAUGUAAAUUUACUUCUCUAGAUCUCUAUCAUGGUUAAGAGAGAGCUUGAAAUACUGUA